CUGAUUCUACAGGGGACCGUGACAAUGGUAAGACUAUAGGAGUAGCAGCCCUAUGUCUGAUUCUACAGGGGACCAUGACAAUGAUAACACUAUAGGAGAAGCAGCCCCAUGUCUGACUCGACAGUUCAGACAGCAGUUUGUGUAGGAAACUGUCCCCGUCUCGGACCUGGCUGGCCCCUGGUAAUGGUAAUGACUCCCUCUCUUUCUAGAUGAGCUUACUCCUGUUGAGAUCUAUUACGCUUUGAGGACCACCACGCCACACAACUCACUGGUCCACUCUGCCAGCCCGCGUCGGACUCUUCCAAGAAGUAUUUCCAACGUGGAGGGAACGAGUGUACCUGACACACAACUCCUCGCACGGAACGGAACCACUACUGUCCGCAACCACAUCAGUUCAGAUAUAUCCAGCGGGACUACUAACAAGCAGUGGUCGACCCCAGUGGUUCUUCCACAGUCUCUGGACGUCGGCUCUUCAUCUGGACCUUCCUCUGGGACUUCCUCUGGCCUCUCCUCUGACCCCUCAUCUGGCCUCUCCUCUGGCCUCUCCUCUGGCCUCUCCUCUGAUCCCUCCUCUGGCCCCUCAUCAGGGUCCUAUGAAGGAGGAGGCAGCUGCCCCUACAGCAACCAGCAACGUAGCAGUAGCUCAGAGGCACUACUGGACCGGACCACAUCCUGCAACGAGGGGGGUCAUGGUCAAGUUCAGGGUCAAAAUUCAAGAGGCAUGCCCAUCAGAGGGGGACCCCCGUACAAGAGUUCCGAGGCGCUGACGGAUGGUCAUCUGAGGCAGCUGAACGUCCAGAAGUCCAGCCCAGAGAGACAGCUGGUGAACAGACACGGGGUGGAGCACAACAGACUGGUUGGUCGAGUGUCUGUAGGGGUGAGGGGUCGGGGGCGAGGAGACAGAGGAGGUUACAGUGACAUCCUGAUGGACUAUGUGUGGUGGAAGCAGCAGAGGCAGGUUGAACAGUUCCACGGCAAUGGGAAGUUCCCUUCCUCUGUCCCUGCAUCUUCUCUUUCUCACUUCAAUGGUUACCCCCACCAUCACCCCAAGCCGCAGCGGCAUCUCUCAGGAUCCCAGCCUCUGCAUCUCUCCGAGGGCCCUCCAACCUACAGAAGUCCCCUGAUGCUCCGGGGGAAGCCUGGCGAGCCACGUCGGGUCAAGGUGACCCGCACCAAGUCAUGUGGUCCCUUCAUUCCCCUCCAGCAACACCAGCAGGAGGCUGUUCUUUCCUCCUCCUCCUCUUCCUCCUUUGAUCCUCCUCUCCCUCCCUCCUCCUCCUCCUCCUCCUCGACCAGGACCUCCACAGCUGCCCUGUACCCCCAACAGGGAUUUGGGGUUGAGUCCCACCAGCACCAGCUGGAUUCUGGAUCAGGACCCAGUACCGAUCUCAACAACAACCACCGUCUGAGACCACCCCUGUACUCUGACUCCAUCACCCCAGACGACCCCACCCGUAGCCUGCACAAGGCCCUGGCUCUGGAGGGCCUGAGGGACUGGUACCUGAGGAAUACCCUGGGGGGGUUGGAGGCUGGGGUGGGGGUGAAGGUACGUACCACAAACUCCCUGCACGAGUCACACCCUCACCAGCUCCCACACCAGCCCGAGGCCUACCAGGGAGACUACCAUCCUUGCCAACUGCCACAGUCACAGACCUUCCAGGGACAACCACUACGUGGCAGGUCUGUGGAGUUGUCUCUGUACCAGGACUCCUUCCAAUCCCAGAUGCAGGAGCUGACCCUGAAAGAACACAGCACUGCCAGAGGUGACCUGCCCACCCCGGGUACACUGGUCUAACAACAACAACAACAACAACAACCAGAGGUGACCUGCCUACCCCGGAUACACUGGUCUAACAACAACAACAACAACCAGAGGUGACCUGUCCACCCUGGGUACACUGGUCUAACAACAACAACAACAACCAGAGGUGACCUGCCUACCCCGGGUACACUGGUCUAACAACAACAACAACAACAACCAGAGGUGACCUGCCUACCCCGGGUACACUGGUCUAACAACAACAACAACAACAACCAGAGGUGACCUGCCCACCCCGGAUACACUGGUCUAACAACAACAACAACAACAACAACAACAACAACCAGAGGUGACCUGCCUACCCCGGAUACACUGGUCUAACAACAACAACAACAACAACAACAACCAGAGGUGACCUGCCUACCCCGGGUACACUGGUAAAACAACAACAACAACAACCAGAGGUGACCUGCCCACCCCGGGUACACUGGUAAAAUAACAACAACAACAACAACCAGAGGUGACCUGUCCACCCCGGGUACACUGGUAAAACAACAACAACCAGAGGUGACCUGCCUACCCCGGGAACACUGGUCUAACAACAACAACAACAACAACAACCAGAGGUGACCUGCCUACCCAGGGUACACUGGUCUAACAACAACAACAACAACCAGAGGUGACCUGCCUACCCCGGGUACACUGGUCUAACAACAACCAAACAUGGUACUGACUAAUUAUUAGACAUGGUUAGUGCCUUGCUCAAGAGCACAUCAAAAGAUUCUUCACAUAGUUGUCUCAGAGAUUCAAACCAUUCGUUUACUGGCCCAAACCGUUCGGAUACUGGCCCAACGAUCUUAAACGCUAGGCUACCUGUAUGGAAGACAUUUAUUUACACAAUAUUUCAUUUGUCUUUUUUUUCCUGCACAUUUUUGGGAGACAAUAACAAGGUGGGAUCUGUUUGUGUCUGUAAAAUGUUGGUUGGAAACGUCUUUUAUGAUCAAAUAUUGAUAUAAUAACCAUCAUAUUUAAAUAAACUUGCCGUCUUGAUGCUCUUUUCCAA